AACGAUGACGACUUCUUCCACUACCUCGGUAGCUUGCUAGCAAACAUUAAACCGAAACGUUGAAGCUCUUUACACCAACGUUGUGCUUAUUAAGUGUUUUCAACACACUGUCGUCAUAGUUACUAAUUACUCCAUUUACGUUGUCUGCUAUCUGGCUUGUUAUGUUAGUUUAGCACUAGGCUAGUCGCUAAUGGUAACUAACUAGCUAACAUCCCCGACCAUGAGCUCACUAAGCUACUCCCCUGCUGCUAAAGAAGAGGAGGUCUACUGGACGGAGAGAGAAGCUCUGGGGCUGAACAUUGUCGUGAAAGGGGAAGAAGAGGAGGAUGAUGUAGAGGUUUCAGUUUUUGGAGAGGAAGAAGCUUUCAGAAUAAUAAAGGAGGAAGAGGAGGCUAUCACAUUGAAAGAAGAAGAGAAGGAUGUAAUGGUGAAAGGGGAGGAGACCAUCUCAAUUAAAGAGAAGGAAGACGUUUUGGGAGUGAAAGGGGAAGAGGGGGGAGAGGAGCAGGAGACUGACGAUCUGAUUCACACCAGAGAGAGACCAGAUUCUAACUCUGACAGCAGGAAGAGUCCCUCAGUGGAACCAGACCCAGGGAUGCCCAAACCAGCAAGACGACACCCCUGCUCCCACUGCGGAAAGAGUUUUACUACAUUAGAAAACCUGAAAGUACAUAAAAGAAUAAUACAUUUUGGAGAAAAGCCAUACCACUGUUCAGACUGUGGUAAGGAAUUUAGCCGGUUAGAUGGCCUGAAACAACAUGAGAGAAUACACUCUGGAGAGAGGCCUCACCACUGCUCUCUGUGUGGAAAGAGUUUUAGCUGGUUAGGGAGCCUGAAAAUACAUGAGAAAACACAUACAGGGGAGAAGCCUUACCGCUGCUCUCAGUGUGGAAAGAGAUUUUCCCAGUUAGGGCAUCUAAAAGGGCAUAAGAGAACGCACACCGGAGAGAAGCCUUACCACUGCUCCCAGUGUGGGAAGAGAUUUACCCAGUUAGGCAACCUAAAAAAUCAUGAGCUAAUACACUCUGUAUAUAAGCCUUACCACUGCUCUCAGUGUGAAAAUACAUUUUUCUCGUUAGAUUCUCUGAGCAAACAUGAGAUAACACACUCUGAUGAGAAACCUUUCCAUUGUUCCCAGUGUGGCAAGAAUUUUUUUACAUUAGGGUCGCUGAAGGAACAUGAGCGAACACACACAGCAGAGAAACCUUACCAUUGUUCUAAGUGUGUUAAGACUUUUUCCUCAUCAAAAUACCUUAAAGAACAUAAAAGAAUACACUCUGGAGUGAAACCUUACCACUGCCCCCAGUGUGAAAAAAGUUUUGCCCGACCGAGGACCUAA